AUGUCUCAUCAUUCCAUCCUUGGUACCUCUGGAAAAAAGCACUUCAGCUCCUGUUCAAUGGCUUCUCCUAAACAUGGCAGCUCUUACCACACAUUAUCUCACUCCUCCAAAUCAGCAGCUCAUAAGACACUGCAUUGCUUUAGCAGCAGAAGUGCCCAUAGUAUGGGUUCCAGGGCAAACAAGGUCUCAAUGGGAAGCUGCCAUUCUGGGAAAACUGGACACGGAUCUGGACACGGAUCUGGAUAUGGAUCUGGUUUCAGUAUUGGAGGUAUUGGUUAUGGAUUUGGGGGAUCUGGUUGCUCUGGAGGUAUCAACAACGUUACUGUGAACCAAGGUCUUCUGGCUCCUCUCAACCUGGAGAUCGACCCAAGCAUUCAGCGAGUGAGGACUGAAGAGAAGAAUCAGAUUAGAGGACUGAAUGACAAAUUUGCUUCUUUCAUUGACAAGGUGAGAUAAUUUUAAUGAAUAUGUGGAAUACAUAAAUAACUGAAUUUGUAGUAUGCAGAUGUACUUCUUAAAAUAGUUAUGCAAAGGUUAAAAAAGGGAAAAGUUAUUUAAUUUUACACUUCUAUAGCCAUUUAUGCUGAUGGUUCAAACUGGUAUCAGUCAGUGUUUUUAUGUCUAAAUUUCAACAAAAUUAAACUAUUUUGCAGUUUACAUCAAAAUAGUGUGCUUUCAGGAGUAUUUUUGCUGCAGAAGCCAAUGUCUACCAAUACCUGCACUUUUAUAUUUUUUUUUAUGAAUUAAAUAUUAUAUAAUGCAAUCCAAGUAUGUGCAAUGUAAGUACAGCUAGAUCUACAAUAAGUGUUAACUAUUUCGUUAGGGUAUUAUCUAGAUAUGCUAUUAAAGAAUGAGCUACUAACUUCUGAAUGUUUUGGGAUAAAAGUAAUGUCUACAGCAGGGUUAGGCAACCUUCAGCACUCCAGAUGUUGUGGACUACAUUACCUAUAAUGCUCUUACAGUCAUAAUGCUAGCAAAGCAUGAGGGGAGAUGUUUUCCACAACAUCUAGAGAGCCAAAGGAUGCCUAUCUCUGGUCUAGAGACUUGUAUGGGUUACUAAAUUUCUAUUGCAGUCUAAUAUUAAUAAUAAUAAAAAUACUAUUUUCAUUACAUGCUGAAAUAAGGCAUGCCUCUAUGUCACUUGUAGUACAGUUUGCACAUUUCCUAAGAUAUCAUUAGACACCUUGUACUAUAUGGUAUAGUAAUAUAUAUGUUCCUAACAAAAAGUAUAAAAAUAUUUUUUUUCUAGGUUAGAUUUUUGGAACAGCAGAAUAAAAUGCUGGAGACAAAGUGGUCUUUAUUACAAGAACAGAGAAGUGCCCACUUUCAGAUAGAACCACUGUUUGAGGCUUUUAUUGGUAACCUCAGGAGACAGCUGGAGAGUCUGGGAUGUGAAAGAGAACGUCUGGACUCAGAAAGGAACAAUAUGGAGCAAUCUGUGGAAGAACUAAGGAGAAGGUAUGCUGCUAUUUAGAUAGUUUAUAAUAUAAUAUAAUAAAUAAAUACAUUAAAAUAAUUCACUCGUACUGCAACACUAUGGAGUUAUUGAGAUAUAUCAUCAUAUAUAUCCAACACAUCAUUUGUCUAUAAUUUUGCAUGUGCUCUCAAAAUGUAUUUAAGAGUCCAGUUCACUUUAAUAUUAUUAUGAAGAAAAUGUAAACUUAAAGGUUUCUUGAGAAAAAGCACCCUGUAUAUUUAGAAUUCUGUAUGCUUGUUAUUAAUGUUUAACAUUCUAUUGUAGAUAUGAAGAAGAAGUAAACAGACGCGCAGCUGCAGAGAAUGAGUUUGUUGGAAUAAAGAGGGUGAGUGAUAUCAUACAUAAAUUGAAUCUAUAUGUAAAAGAAUAACAAAUAUAAACAUAUAUCUAUAAUUUUACUGUUACUAUGCAUUCAUCUCUUCUUCAGGAUGUAGACGCAGCUUUUAUAAAUAGAGCGGAAUUACAAGGAAAGGCUGAUUCCCUGAAUGAAGAGAUCAGUUUCUUGAGGACUCUGUAUGAUGCGGUAAAUAUAGUUUCACUUUUCUCUGUAGCUAAUUUGGAAAGAUUUAAUAUCCAUGACAUCAGUCAUUUUACAAGGAAUGCAAAAUAAAUAUGAAGUAUAUUUACGACCCCAAAUAUAUCUAAGUAAGUCAGUUUAGAAUUCCUUUAUGUUAAUAAUGAACUUAUUAUACGUGAGAAAAUUGAGUCUUUUACAACAUGCCUCGUCUGUUCUUUGUAUCCUCAUAGGAAAUUUCCCAGCUCCAGGCUCAGAUCUCAGACACCUCAGUGGUUGUAUCCAUGGAUAACAGUCGGAAUCUGGACCUGGAUGGAAUCAUUGCUGAGGUCAGAUCUCAAUAUGAGGACAUUGCUAACAGGAGCAGAGCUGAGGCGGAGGCCACGUACCAGUCACGGGUGAGUCUAUCCAAUUCAAAUCAUACAGAUCAUUAACUAUAAAAAAAUGUUUCUAUACUAAUUUUUCUUUUGUCUUUGGCAGUUUGAGGAGCUUCAGACAGCGGCAGGAAGGAAUGGGAACAAUCUGCAGAACAGCAGAGAUGAGAUCUGUGAAUUAAAUCGUGCAAUUCAGGGACUGAGGGGAGAAAUUGACAAUGUAAAAGCACAGGUAAAACACGUUUUACUUCAAGUGUGUCAACCAGGUAGUUGAAGAGAAAAAAUUAAAUAAAAUUUAGAUUCAGCAAAAUCAGCACUUCAAUUGAUAUUGUUAACGUUUCCCAACUGUAUUCCUUUGAAACAGUUACAAUCAAAAACAGAAGUGUAACUACGAGUAAUAUAUUAAUGUAUAAAAACAUUUCAGCGCUCUGCACUUGAAUCUGCAAUAAAUGAAGCUGAGGAACGUGGAGAAUCGGCUGUCAGAGAUGCCAAGAACAAGCUUUCUGAGCUGGAAGGUGCUCUACAGAAGGCCAAGCAGGAUAUGGCUCGUCAACUGCGAGAAUACCAGGAGCUGAUGAAUGUGAAACUGGCUCUGGAUAUUGAGAUCGCCACCUACAGGAAGAUGCUGGAAGGAGAGGAGGGCAGGUGAGUGCAAUAUCCUACUGAGAGCUAACUAGGUAUUCAUACAAACCCUGCACUCAUCAGGUUUCUAACUGUGGACCUACAUCAUUAUGUUCCUAUUUGUUCUCAUCAUUGAGUCUUUUAGUAGGACAAAUUUUAAUAGCAAUCUCUUUAUGUCGAUCUCAACAUCUCAGUUCUUUAAUCUGCUCUUUAUUGUUUUAUUCUAUAAUAGUAAUCUUCUGCAUCAAGUUUUAAUCUCUACAACAAUGCACCUGUAUCAGACAUUAUAGCAGUACUUUCACUUCCUUUGAUUUGUAAUACAUGUUUACUUAUCCCCAUAAUAACAAAUAUGUGUUUGUGAGAAAGUUGUGGAAAUAGCAACAAGCAUUAAAGAAGAACUAGAAAUUAGAAAGACAAAUAUAUGCUUUGAAUGUUAGAGGUAAUCCUGGCUUUAAAAAUCAUGCCCCCUUUCUAACUCAAAUAAAACAGUUUCAUUUACCUUUAAUCCCAUUCCAUGACAGUCUUUCUAAGGCCGCGAGUCCAUCCCUGUCUGAGAUCAUCAUUACUGAAUAUCUUAACCAAUAUUCUAUAGAGAAGCAUUCAGGGUCUACUGAGCACAUAGAUAUAGAUAGAUCCCCCCAAGGAUUAUAUAGUGUCAGGAAAACCGGUUUGUGAUCUUUAAUUAUUGGUGCUAUAUCUCAUGUUGUCUUUAUUUAAAAGAACAAUUUUUUUAACAAAAGGAAUAUGGAAUAUGUUUUUGCAAAUUUGUAUUGGGUCAUGUGACCGGACUGUCUACAUGAUACCCUUUAUAAGCUACAGAUAUACUUAUUUUAGUAUACAGGACUGAGUCCUCACAGGCAGCCAAAACAUUAUUUUUCUUGGGGAUGACAGACUCCCAGUAAACAUUUGGCACAUACCAGCUGUUUUAACCUUUAUUCCAUACUGGUUGCAAAGUAGAACACGUAUUACAGAUGUAGUAACUCACUAAGGCUCUAAAAUUAAAAAAAAACGUAUACAUUUGAAAUAGAAUUCCAAAUGUUAAAGAACUAUAAAUUUGAAAUCAAAUGCCAUUACAUUAUUACCAUUUAUUAUUUUGACCAAAUGUGAGAAAGAAAUUUAGUGCUAAACUAAUACUUUUUUUUGUUUUGUUUUAGGUUGACUGCACAUGACUCUGUUAAUAUAUGUAAGUGAGGCAAUAUUUAAACAAUUUAAUUAAAUUAACAAGGACAUAUGCAUACAUAGAUUAAGUGUGUAACUCACUUGUUAACCUCACACUUUAAAUUCUGAAUAAGGUACACUGUCAAUUUCCUCUAUCCAGUGUUGAUCUAUACAUUGUUUUACAUUGUAGGCAAUGUUAGUAACAAUUGCUGAUUAUCAUGUAACACACAAACACGGUGGUCACCCACACAUACAUAUACAAAUGUGCUUAGUAAUAUGCUUACUGUAUAUGUGUAACAGAUCUUAAUGUAACAUUUUAAGUACAAUUCAGACUAUAAUAAACACAUUUUAAUAGAUUUUUUUAAGAAGUCUUUAAACUUGUUUUUAAUUGAAUGUUUUUUAUUUGUAAAUAGUCCCUUGUUAUGUAUAUUUCUCUAUAUAUUUCAUGUUUAUUACAGACCUUAAAUGGCUCCUUCUUUGGUUGAAGAUUUGAGUCCAGUCAAGUUCAAAUAGUUAACUUUCUACAUCCAUGUUUUUCAAUAAAUGUUUAACAUUCUACAUUCAUGUCUUUCAGCUGUGCUACAUUCUAGCACUGGAGGAAAAUCCAGCUCAGGCGGGAAGUCCCAUGGUACAAGUGAUCAUAAAGGAGGAUUCAGUUCAAGCAGUGGGAGGAGCUUUAGCCACCUCUCCAAAAGCAAACACAGCUCUGGCCACGGACACCACUGCUAAAGUAGAAGCUAGCCAUACAUAUAUUAGAGCAAAAGUGAAAGUAUAGAUUGUAGUGAAAUCACUGGCACUAUAUAUUAUCAAUCUGCUAUAUUGAUCUAUUUGGUAUUCACCAUGCAUAGAUCAUUCUCAUUUGCAAACUCAAAAUAUUUCUAUUCCCCAUCUUCUCUUAGGAUAAUCCUCACUCAUAUGUUGUAAAUAUAAGCUUUACUACCUAUCUGUACUGUUUCUCUUCAAUAAAAUGGUAUUCAUUCAACAAUGCUUGACAACAUUGUGUUUAUUGUAAAUUGUUUAAGAAUUAACACAUUAUGGCAUUACGUGUCAUAGGAAGAUUUAUUUGAGGCGAUAAAAAUUCUCUACAAUGAAAUACUAGAUUGUGGUGUUGCACACAUUAUCAUGGCCUUGGUUUAAUAUUUUUAGAUAAGCUUUUUAAAAGAUUCAAUAUAUUUUUUUUAUAAACUUUGAAAAUGAUUUCAUUUUUUUAAACAUAAUUAGAUUUUUUUAUAUAUUUAAUCUUUAUUGAAAAAUGUUUUUCUUAUUUUUUUCCUUUUUCUUUUGUAAUAUUUCCUUUUUUUUCUUUUUAAAGAAAAAGGUAUUAACAUACAUUGUUACAAAAAAAAAAACAAUUAGACAUUAAACAUUAGACAUUAAACAUUAAAAGGAAAAUAACAUGAGGUAUGUGUAAAAACAUUACAAUUCGAUCACUUUCAAUACAAAAAGGGAGGGAGAUUUUCAAUAUAUACAAUAAUUCCUAAAAUACUUUUUUCCUCUUUUUUUCCUUUCUUUCCCUACUUCCUUCCUUUCCCUUCUCCUUUUGUCUAUCAAGUCCCAACCUUAUAUAUUUAUACUUUUAAUGAAAUUUCCUACCUACCUAUAUUAAUCCAGAAAGAAAAAAAAAACCAGACUGCCCUUUGCUGAGAGUUAGUUGCAUAUUACUCCUAGGAACCUAAAAACAGAACAUUUGACAAUCAUUCUUUCUACCAAUCAGGCUCCGUAAAACUAUGGCUAAUUUAGAAAUUUAUGCACAGGUUCCACUACCCUAUCUACAAUUCCCGAACGUAUAAACCUUAAUGUAUGUUAAGUCUCAUUUCUUCUUCAUAAUUUUACAAUCCAUUUCUGCCAUUGUUCAAUUCGUGGAUUGUAAUAAUUGUCUUGUCUCAAUAUCCCUAUUUCCAUUUUACAAUUAUUCAAGACCUGAUGUUUUAUCAUCUCCCAAGACGGGGAAUGUGAAGUUUUCCAAAAUCUUGCAAGAGUGGCUUUAGUUUCUACAAGGAUGUGGAUAAUUUGGAAUUGUGGGCCAUCCAAUAUGUAAUAUCAUAGAACUACAAGUAAAAUCAAGAUCCACCUCUAUUUCUUCCCUACAGAAUUUCGCUAAUAAUUAGAUUUUGUUUCCAUACAUUUAUUAACUUUUAAUAUAUGAUGUAAUUUUAAUUAUUACAUAUUUUGAAAAAAAAGUUUGCCAAAAAAUAUUAAUUUGUAUAGCUUUUCUAAAAUAUUCAAUCAUUUGAACAGCUUAUCUAAAAAUAUUAAAUGAAGCCAUAUACUAGAUAUUAUCACAUCAUACAUUACUAUUUUAAUAAAUAUGAAUGGGCAUUAUGGCGAUAUAUUACUUGUGUAAGCCUCAAAACAUAAUGUUCAUUCCUUGCAUAAAAAUACCCCUCUAGAAUGCAUGGCACGAUUUAUGCUCCCAAUACGUGAAACAAAAACAAGACUUACUUAUUGGCUUUAUUGUAAAAGAGCUGGUUUCAAAGUUCAAAAAUAAAUAAAAAUAUAGAUGUCUUUCAAAAAAACUUUCAAAAAUAUUCACUAAGUCACAAUGGCCCUAUCAAAUGGGGUAAAACAAUUCGGCUGCCUAUCCAGCAAUAUUAAAUUGAGGCCAAAAUCCACUGUGUAGUGAAUAACCCAUCAGUUCUGAGCAUUGCUUGAAGUGACACAGUUGCUGAAGGAUAUAUGCACAAAUGGUAAGUUUUAUUGUCUGUAUUACUUUACAUAAAAAAACAGAAAUAGAAACAGAGAUAGAGGUAGAAAUGGUGCAGUAUUGUGAAUGUGACAAUGACAUUGGCUUAUUGUCUUCUCUUUUGGAAGACAAUAAAGAAACAUGUGACUCUCAUAUGAUACCUGCCAAAGCACAGGUAGGAAUAGAAAAGAUUACCAUUCCAGAACAAGUUUGUACUUUUUCCAUCCUUUCAUCUUCUAUGAAGAAACAUAGCAGAUAAAGUGCUUUUAUGUUAGCUUAAAAAGAAGGCACUCAGAAAAGUAUGAUCAGUCGGCAGAGUCCUGACCAAAAACUCCAAUGACUUUUCUUUUCAUUUGUGAAAUGUACUUUAUGAUGAAGUGUAGUUGCAGAGAUAAGCACAAUCAUAUAGUUAAAGGACCACUAUAGUGCCAGGAAAACAUACUAGUUUUCCUGGCACUAUAGUGCCCUGAGGGUGCCCCCACCCUCAGGGUCCCCCUCCCGCCCGGCUCUGGAAAGGGGAAAAGGGGUUAAACUUACCUUUUUCCAGCGCUGGGCGGAGAGCUCUCCUCCUCCGAUCCACCUCUUCUCCUCCCAUGCAGCUGAAUGCGCACGCGCGGCAAAAGCUGCGCGCGCAUUCAGCCGGUCACAUAGGAAAGCAUUCAUAAUGCUUUCCUAUGGACGCUGGCGUGCUCUCACUGUGAAAAUCACAGUGAGAAGCACGCAAGCGCCUCUAGUGGCUGUCAAUGAGACAGCCACUAGAGGAAAUAGGGGAAGGCUUAACCCAUUCACAAAUAUAGCAGUUUCUCUGAAACUGCUAUGUUUAUGAAAAAAUGGGUUAACCCUAGCUGGACCUGGCACCCAGACCACUUCAUUAAGCUGAAGUGGUCUGGGUGCCUAGAGUGGUCCUUUAAAACACUCUCGUUUCGUUUAUCUACUAAAAGAAAGUGGUUGGAUGUCUCAGCCCAAACUACAUAGCUAAAGACAGCAUUCAGGCCAACUAAGGAAAUGCAGUCACUGUGGUUGGCUUUCACAUAGGACACAAGCUCAGGGGUAGAUCCAGAACCCCAUUUUUGGAGGAUCAAUAGAGGGUUAUUUAAUUGCAUGACUUUAGAAUAAUGCCUGAAGAGAUUACAGAUAUAUCCGAUUCAGAGAAUUUCUCAACUCAACUACAGUCACAACUUAUUGCACACACAAUUAGCCUCCUUUUUGUCAUUUGAAUUUGUAAUUUGCUACAAUUUGAUCAUCAGUAAAUAAAUAAUAAUAAAGUCAAUGCACAGAAUGUUGAGAUGUGCAUUCAGUGGUGUAAUUGUUUGGACGGUUAGUAUAUAUGUGUGCAGUCGUGUGAUUGUGUGUUGUGUUUGCCUAUCUUCCUCCCUUACCAAUGCACUUCUCAUUUACUCCUAUGUAUAUCUCCCUGUAACGGAGCUCCAGUACUCCAACCGAGUACCUCCGUUGAUGGAUGUUCCUAGUGCUAUCCGAGGGCUCCAAGCGCUUCUCCAGACACCAUAAACAUUGCAGACUGAACCUCUCUUCCUGCAGAGAGUGAAGCUGGAACACGCUCUUAAAAGAGCUUAGUGAUUAUAGCUAGGGGAGUAUGUAGAGUAUAGCAAUCCCCCAGUGUAGAUGCAGCCUUUUCCCCCAAAUCAUAAGACGAGGCUAUAUGUUGAAGGUCAAAACAGACAGAGCUGUGUUUUUUUUGCCCUAUAUACAAAUUGUACACAUAAAGUAACACCCACAGGGUUUUGUGGAACAUCCAAUCAAACCCGUAAUAUACAGUAAAACACUCCUAUUCAUUCCCACAAAAUCCUCCCCUCUGCCUGUGAUAUAAUUACUGUACACAAUGGGUUAAUGUAAUUAUCACAGGCAGGAAAAAUAUACUUUUUAUACAUGUACUGUAACUUUAAAACUAUACAUUCAAUCUCCACAAAAUUAAUAUAUUAUUAAUCAGCACACUUUAAAUAUAAACAUAUCCAAAAUUCAGGCCAAUCCUUCCAGGGGUUAAAAAGGUAGCUGGAAGUCCUUUGUGACCAAGCACAUUUUCAUGCCCAAAACAGUUCCAUGGAUUUGGGCUGUGCGGUCGGUCAAUUUCACACUGAAAAAUGACUAAGUCCCAUUCGAACAUGAGUUCGAAUCGCCGAACGCGACUUAGCCUCCAGCCACAGUGUCAAAGUGGAGGAGAAGGUACGGGUCAGCGGUGUUCGUGCAAUUGGGUAGCCGAAAACAGUUCCAUAGAUUUGGCUGCACACACCGCUGACCGCAUGCAAAUUAAUAAAGAUGGUCGCCGCCACAUGUUCAUUUGUACGAACGGCGGCAACCCAGCGGUCGGCAAUUUACCUACAGCAACCUCCCAGCCUGGGAGGUAAAUAAGCCACACACUUAAACUUCUGGGUGGUCCGCCUAUGCAAUACUUGGUUCAGUAAGCUCCAUUUACUGAACCAAGUGUGAAAAAGCCAUGCACACAGAAUGGCCCUAUGAAAUGGGGUAAAACCAUCCGGCUGCCUAUCCAGCAAUAUUAAAUUGAGGCCAAAAUCCAGUGUGUAGUGAAUAACCCGUCAGUUCUCAGCAUUGCUUGAAGUGACACAGUUACUGAAGGAUGUACGCACAAAUGGUAAAUUUUAUUGUCUGUGUUACUUUACAUAAAAAACAGAUAUAGAAAAAGAGAUAGAGGUAGAAAUGAUGCAAUAUUGUGAAUGUGACAAUGACAUUGGCAGUACGAAUAAUUACUCUUGUAUGAGACAAUAAAGAAACCAAUGUAGAAUAUGUGACUCUCAUAUGAUACCUGCCAAAGCACAGGUAGGAAUAGAAAAGAUUACCAUUUCAGAACAAGUUUGUACUUUUUCCAUCCUAUCAUCUUCUAUAAAGAAACAUAGCAGAUAAAGUGCUUUUCUGUUAGUUUAAAAAGAAGGCACUCAGAAAAGGAUGAUCAGUCGGCAGAGUCCUGACCAAAAACUCAAAUGGCUUUUCUUUUCAUUUGUGAAAUGUACUUUAUGAUGAAGUGUAGUUGCAGAUAUAAGCACAAUCAUAAAGUUAAAACACUCUUUCUCGUUUAGCUUGUCUACUAAACAGUUAACUAUUAAAAGAAAGUGGUUAGAUGUCUCAGCCCAAACUACAUAUCUAAAGACAUAUCUCCCUAUUCCCACACUAUACAUUUAUCUGUCCCAAACUUUGUGUAUCUUCCCAUAACUCCUCCUUCCCCCACUUGAGGACCUCUAUAUAAUGCCCAAUUUGUGUGUCUCUCAUCAUAUCACCUUUUCCUCCACAACUUGUGUAUUUUUUGUGUAGCAUUCUGCAAAACAUGUUUUUAUUUUUUUGUGCAAAAAUCAUAAAGAUUUGAUCAUGCAGAAAUAUAACAUAACAAUGAGGCUAAAACUGGAUUUUAAUGAGGCUAAAAACGGCAUAAUUUGCAAAGUCUUCCAAAUAUGACAUCUCAGCUUAGUUGAUAGUGGUCAUGGUGUCUAGUGGAUCGUGGGUAUACUUAUCUAAAGCAUUACCUCGCAGCCACAUCCAUCUUCAUCCUGAUGAACAACUUCAUCUGCCAGGAGUUGUGUCAGUGUGUGAAUGUUUUGGCUGAGUUACAUGUCAAUUCUUCUUGCCUUUACGUGCCAUAUCUGCUGACGGGAUUUGUACAGAAACAUUUUGCCAAAUUACAGUGGUAGCAUGGUGAUACCAUCUACAUUAGUCAGACAGGCCAAAAAAGGUUUCAAGAAUGCCAAGUUAAAGUGAUACAAGGCUGUUGUCUGCCAAAAAACAAGUGCAAACAAGUUCAAGUCCUCAUGGGUUUUUCCUCUGGUUAAAUCAGAAUUUCUCCUUAUUUAAAGGACAACUGUCAAUAUUUUUAAUAUCAUAACACUGUCAUCAAGCUAAAAUUUGAUAAAUUGCAUUUUUUGUUAAAAAUGUGCUGCAGGGAAAUAAUAUAUAUUUCAUUAGUAGAUAAGGAACAUUUGAAUGACUAUUUCUUCAAACAUAAAAGUCAAGAUUUGAAAAAAUAUGGCAGAAUAAAUUGUCAAGCCAUCUAUUACUUAAAGUACUUUAACCCCUUAAGGACUGAGCCAAUUGUAGAAGUUGUGAUCAAAACAAAACGGAAACAAAACCCUGAAUUUGCGCUAUAUGUAUGUUCAGGCGUAAUUCACCUAUUCAAACUUAGCGUUCAUAUUUAAUUGUGAGUGAAAAAUGCAAAAAACUAAAUUGAACGCUAAUUUUGGCCAGUGUUUGUGGCUACUACAAAAGACUGGACAUACCCCAUUUGCAAUACCCUGGAUUGUCUACUUGUAUAAAUGGUAUGCCAUCAUGGGGCUAAUUAUCAUUCCUGGCUACCAUACGGUCUCAAAGGCAACAUAAUCAAUAGGGGAAAUUUCAAUGUGAAAAAAAGGAAAUUCAAGCCUUGUAUUCAACUCAGUAACUUUUGAAAACACCAUAAAAUCUGUACAUGGAGAGUACCGUUAUACUCGGGAGACUACACCAAACCAAAUAUUAGUGUUUUAAAAUAGUAAAAUGUAUCACAACAAUUAUAUCAUCAGUGAAAGUACCAAUUGUGUUUGAAAAUGCAAACAACUGAAUUUUGACUGACGAUUUCAUCAUUGGGCUAUGUUUUACUGGUUUUAAACGCUAAUAUUUGUGUUCAGCGAAGUCUCUCGAAUAAAACAGUACCCCCCAUAUGUGAAUGUAUGUAUAUAUAUAUAUAUAUAUAAUUUUUAAAAUUAUUUUUAUUUAUAUAUAUCUAUAUGCACAUUUAGAUAGAUAGAUAGAUAGAUACAUAUAUGUAUUUAUAACAAAAUAGAAUAUAAUAUGGUGACAGCAAUAUACACCAAAUGUGAACAAGAUAAGAACAUGCAAUGUUACCCUUUAUCUUGAAUUUUCACAUAAAUGUCCUAAAAAUAUAAAAUACAUCACAUAGUAUAGUCUGUAUAUAAAGGACAAAUAAAAUAAAAUAUAAAAUAGCCCACUCACGUGGUGCUGAGCCUUAAAAGAGUGGCUCAGACUACAAGCGCCUUUUAAGAUAUCCUGGAGACCCAAAUGCCAGCCAGCAAGUUAAGGUAGUUCCUUCCGAAGUUUCUCUUUGAUAGAUUCCAAAUAGAGAAAUACUGGAACAAAUAAACCUUUAUUUUGCUUUAAAUCAUAUAAAAAAGCAUAUAAGCAUAAAAUGGAAUCUCCAAUUAUAUUGCACUAACGCGUUUCGACCAGUAGUGGUCUUUAUCAAAGUGCUACAUAUCUUCACAAAUUAUUCAUUUAUAUAUCUUUAAAAAAGGCGCACUCAGUUUCCCCGCCGGUUCACUUCCGGUUUCCGGUCGUGAUCCCCGAUCAGCUGGCUUUCGGUUUACGAUUUACGGCAUACGUCCAAAGGGCAUUUCCGGUUUGCGUCAUACGCACUUCCGGGUCAGCGGUCAUGUCAUUUUGUAGUCCUAUGGAUGCUUAUGAGUCAGUGGCCAUAUUAUUUUGUAGUCCUGUAGAUGUCCGGCGAAAAAGUCCUCUCUCAAUUUUCUUUAAUACAUAUUUCCACUUUUGGAAAGUCUUUAAUACACAUAUCUAUUUAGAAAUUUUUUUAGUGUAUAUGUCCGUUAGAUACUCUUAAAAUAAACAUGAAAUGCAUCUAUAAAAUAGCAUGUUCUUCUAAACAUAAAAAUAUUAUAAAUCUAAAUAUUAUGCUCCCAGGGAAUGAAGUAUAUAAUAUAGGAAAGAGAAAAAGAGAAAAAAAUUCUCAUUAAAAUAUAUAAUAGAUAUCAUUUAAAAAUUAUAAAUAUAAUAUAAAAAAUAAAAGGAGAAAAAUAAAGGAGAAGCAAUGUAAAACAACAAUUCAUCAUAAGAAUAAUAUAAAAUUAUGAUAAAAUUUUAUUAUAAAAAAGAGGCAAUUUCAAAAUCCACAUUUAGUCCUUCAGGGGUUAAGGUGUUUAAAUUGAACAUCCACCCCAUUUCUGCUCUACUUAAAAUAUUUUCUUUACAACCUCCUCUCCAAUGAACUUUAAUCUUCUCGAUACCAAUAAAUUUAAGACCAUCUGGGUUACCAUUAUGGUAUUCUAAAAAAUGUUUCAAAACACUAUGAUUAACAAUUUUUUUCUUUAUAUUAUUAAUGUGUUCCCCCACUCUAACUUUUAAUUUUCUAAUCGUUUUACCAAUAUAUUGGUAACCACAUGGACAGGUUAAAAGGUAUAUAACAUUAGUUGUAUUACAUGUAAUAAGUGAAUGUAUUUUGUACUCUUCUCCUGAAGUUCUAUUCGUUUUUUAUACUUUUUUUUGUGUUCCUUUUUAAUCUGCACCCAGUGCAAUCUCCACAAUAGUAGAAACCUACUUGUCCUUCUAAAAAAUUAUUUUACCCUGCUUUUCCUUAUCUAAGAAACUUUUUGUUAAAAUUUGGCUAAAAUUCCUAGCUCCUCUAAAAAUAAAUUGAGGUCUAUCUGGCAAAUAAGGUAAAAGGUCUUUAUCUUCCUUUAGCACAUGCCAAUUUUUUUAAAAAAUAUUACAUACUGAUCUGUUAUUAGUACUGAAAUUUAAAAUCAAAGGAAUAAAAUCAUCUUUUUUCUUUUUCUCCUUAUUCUUAUAUUUUAAAAGUUGACUCCUUCAUCUCUAGCAUUCUUAAUAGAGAUAGGAUCAUAUCCCUUAUCUAUAAAUUGUUGCAUUAAAUUACAAGAUUGAUUCUGAUAAUCUUUAAGAUCCGUACAGUUCCUCCUUAGUCUGAGAAACUGUCCCUUUGGUACAUUUUCCAACCAAGGUUUAAAGUGACAGCUGCGUAAAUCUAUAAAACUAUUAACGUCAACCUUCUUAAAAUGAGUUUUACUCUUAAUUUGGUUCAAUUCAAUAAAAAUAUCCAAAUCUAAAAAGGUGAUACUCUGAUUACUAAUAUUGGAGACAAGUUUAAUAUUCCAAUCAUUGGAAUUUAAAAAAUCAAAAAAUUUAGUCAAAGAAUCUUCAUCUCCUUUCCAGAUAAUAAAAAUAUUGUCUAAAUAACGCUUAUAGAGGGCCAGGUUUGCUCCCAAAUCUGCAGCUGGGAGGACAAACGUUUCCUCCCAGUAUGAAAUAAAUAAAUUUGCAUAACUGGGAGCAAACCUGGUCCCCAUAGCUGUUCCUUGGAUCUGUAGGUAAAAUUGGUCUUCAUACCAGAAAAAAAUAUUUUUUAAUAUGAUUUCUAUCCCUUUUAAAAUGAAGUCGACUUGUAACUUAUUAAAAUCCCCAAAUUUAUUUAAAAAAUGUCUCGCUGCAUCACAUCCUCUAUCAUGAGUUAUAUUUGUAUACAGACUGCUGACAUCACAAGUUGCCAUGAUAUAUUCCUUAUCCCAUUUAAAAUUUUCCAGAAUAUUCAAUAGGCUCACUGUGUCUUUUAAGUAGGUUGGACAUUUUUUAACUAAAUCCUGUAAAAAUUGAUCAAUAUAUUGUGAUAAAUUGGACAGAAGUGAUCCUAUGCCAGAUACUAUUGGCCUUCCAGGUGGGUUAAAAACAUCUUUAUGUAUUUUAGGCAAUACAUAAAUUACUGGUAUUCUUGGAUGCUCCACUUUUAAAAAUGUAUAUUCCUUCUUAUGCAAAAUUCCUAUUUCCAUCCCUUCUUUUAAAAAACUUUCAUACUCUUCCUUUAUUUUACUUAAUGGAUUGCCAUCUAGUUUCAAAUUGGUAGUGUUAUCAUCUAAUUGAUUCUGGAUUUCUUUUAAAUAUUUAUUCUUUUGCCAGAUCACCACGCCUCCUCCUUUAUCUGCCGGUUUUAUUAUUAUGGAUUUGUCUUCUUUUAAGUCUUUUAAUGCAAAUUUUUCUUUUUUUGUUAAAUUUUUUUGAUAUUUAUUGAGUGGAUUUAACUUUCUCAAAUCCUUAAGACAUAAUUUUUCGAAGACCUUCAUUGCUUCCGUUUUUUUAUUUAAUGGAUAAAAUGAAGAUUUUUGUUUCAAAUCUGUGUGUUUAUAAGAAUUAUCAAUAUCUACCUCUUUAGGUAUGAAACCUUUAAAAAAAAAAUGUAAGAUAUAAUUUACGAAAAAAUCUACUCAGAUCUAAAAAACUGUCAAAUUUCUCAGCCUCACAACUUGGUGAGAACUUAAAACCUUUCUGUAAAACAGACAAAUGAGUAUCUGUUAAAAUUUUAUCAGAAAGGUUAAAAAUAGGGAUGGAUUUAUCUUCUAGUUUCUCCUCCCUUUCUCGUAUUUUUUUCUCUUUCUUUCUUCCUCUACUUCUCCUUCUUCCAUUUCCCUUGUUCUCUUUAAUGGAGUAUUUACUUUUCUCCUGUUUAGGUAUGCUGGACCUAAAAAAAGGUCCUGAUUUUCUUCCCCAAGGUCUCUUAACUUUUCAAAUCUAUUAAAGGAAAAAGUCCUUUGUGGGGAGGUUCUUUUAUAUAUAUCACUUUUAUAUAGUGGGGGAUUACUAGGUUCUCUUCUAUUAGAAUUCCUUCUUCUCCGGGGGGGGGGUAACUUUUUUCCAUUCUUCUUCCUUUCUAAAUGGAACUCUAUCUGUAAAAUAUUCUCUUCUAUUUUUCUCUUGUUCCUCCCUUAUUUGAUGUUGAUGUGUGAUAUCCAUAUUUUUCCUUUUAGUUAUAUUUGCUUUAUUAUAAUAGGGUCCACUUUUUCUGUUUUUGUCUUUAUUUAUUUCCAAAGAUGAAAAAUUCCUAAUUUUUCCCUGAGCAUAAUCAUCCAUGUCUCAUUUAAACUUCCUUCUUUUAGUUUCUAUAAUCUUUUUUUCUAACCUAACAAUUUUUUCUAUCAUUUUUUUAUUGAUGCUUUCAAAUUCAUCCAUCUGUAUAAAGGGUUCUAAUUUUAUCUGAAUAUCUUUAAUUUUCUCUUCUAAUUGAUGCAGAGUCUGACCCCUCUGCUCUAUUAUAAUUCCUAUCAUAUGGAAUGAAAAUGAUUCUAACGAAUUAUUCCAUAUAAUCAUGAAGACCUCAUGAUCUUGAUCAAAAGUGGGAAAUUUUUGAAACCUUAAACCUCUUGUUUUUUUUUAUAUGUGUAACAUAUCUUUCUAAUUUAAAAACCUCCCAUUUUAUUUUCAUUUCUCUAAUUAGUAACUUUUCCAAUUGAUCACAUAUAUAUAAACAAAUCAAAGAGGGCUGCACUCACCUGAACAUGCAUACAUUAUAGGGUGCUGCUGGGGCCAAAAUAUACAAAAUACAGAAUCCAGCGCACUUGCUUAUUCACUAAACAAUGAUUUCAAAUCUUAGAGAUUGUAAUAGUUUUAUUUAAAACCACCUUACCUAGGCAAAAAAUGAAGGGGGUUUAGUUACAUUAUAUGAUCAUACAUUGCAUAAGCCUGCCAACUACGUCAAAGUCCCCUAUAUUCGGCAGGUCCUAUCCUAGCAGCCUAAUGCUUGCUCUUAUGAGAUUAAUCCACUUAAUUGGGAAAUGCUUCCCUACUGGGACUCUCUGCAAGUCAAGGCCAAAUAGGGUCCUGGAACGAGGCACCUGUGCAAAUCCAAGGAGGUGCAAAUCCAAGGAGCUGGCCUGGACUAUCAUGUAACUAAACCGCCAUCAUUUUUUGCCUAGGUGAGGUGAUUUGAAAUCAUUGUUUAGUGAAUAAGCGAGUGUGCUGGAUUCUGUAUUUUAUAUAUAUAUAUAUGUAUAUAUAUAUAUAUAUAAGAUCCGAGUACUUUUACUUACUUUAUUAAACUUUUUAUUAACUUUUAAUAACUUUAUAAACUUUUUUGCAGGGAUUAGGGGGACUGCCUGAGAGCGCAGGCAGGCCCCCUGCAGUCAGUGCAUAAGCCGGCUUUUUCGGCCAUGUGAUCGCAAAGACCGUAUGGCCGGGCAGAGGAUGUGUGCCUGAGCUCCCAGGCAGACCCCAGGAUCGCUAUUGCCAUUGGGGGAAGGUCAGGGACCAGGUAAGUACAAAGAAUGGCGGGGACGUUCUAUGCCGCUUUGGACCACCCAAAAUGGAAGUCAUGCCGCCUGCCGUCCUUAAGAGGUUAAACUAAAGGAAGCCAACAAUAAAUGCAUUUAGCUUUGAUGACAUAGGUGUGUUAAAGUUUUAUUUCUGUGAAAUCAGACAGCAAUAAUAUUCCCAAACAAUGAUCAUAGCAGCUAAUAACAUUUUGGGUGAGCGAGCCAACACCCAUUUGAAGUAUAAAAAGAGUGAGUUUUUGUCUAGAAGAUGUGAAUCGCCUGAGCAGACUUAACGUGAUCUCUACAUCCUUAGAUCUGCUCUGCAAGAAGUAACAUCAUGUCUCAUCACUCCAUCCUUGGUACCUCUGGACAAAAGCACUUCAGUUCCUGUUCAAUGGCUUCUCCUAAACAUGGCAGCUCUUACCACACAUUAUCUCACUCCUCCAAAUCAGCAGCUCAUGGUCAUAAGACACUGCAUUGCUUUAGCAGCAGAAGUGCCCAUAGUAUGGGUUCCAGGGGAAACAAUAUCUCAAUGGGAAGCUGCCAUUCUGGGAAAACUGGACACGGAUCUGGACAUGGAUCUGGGUAUGGAUCUGGUUUCAGUAUUGGAGGUAUUGGUUAUGGAUUUGGGGGAUCUGGUUGCUCUGGAGGUAUCAACAAUGUUACUGUGAACCAAGGUCUUCUGGCUCCUCUCAACCUGGAGAUUGACCCAAGCAUUCAGCGAGUGAGGACUGAAGAGAAGAAUCAGAUUAGAGGACUGAAUGACAAAUUUGCUUCUUUCAUUGAUAAGGUGAGAUAAUUUUAAUGAAUACGUGGACUAAAGAAAUAACUGAAUUUGUAGUAUGCGGAUGUGCUAUUCCUUCUUAAAACAUUUAUGCUGAUGGUUCUAACUGGUAUCAGUCAGUGUUUUUAUGUCUUAAUUUCAAGAGGUUAUGAGACAACAAAAUUAAGCUAUUUUGCAGUUUACAUCAAAAUAAUGUGCUUUCAGAAAUAUUUUUGCUGCAGAAGCCAAUGUCUACCAGUACCAGCACUCUUAUUUUUUUUUUUAUGAAUCAAAUAUUACCUAAUGCAAUCUAAGUAUGUGCAAUGUAAUUACAGCUAGAUCUACAAUAAGUAUUAACUAUUUCGUUAGGGUUUUAUCUAGAUAUGCUAUUAAAGAACGAGCUACUAGCUUCUGAAUGUUUUGGGAUAAAAAUAAUGUCUUGAGCAGGGUUAGGCAACCUUCAGCACUCCAGAUGUUGUGGAUUACAUUACCUAUAAUGCUCUUACAGUCAUAAUGCUGGCAAAGCAUCGGGGGAGAUGUAUUCCACAACAUCUAGAGAGCCAAAGGAUGCCUAUCUCUGGUCUAGAGACUUGCAUGGGUUACUAAAAUUUCUAUUGCAGUCUAAUAAUAUUAAUGAUAAUAAUAAAAAUACUAUUUUCAUUACAUGCUGAAAUAAGGCAUGCUUCUAUGUCACUUGUAGUACAGUUUGCACAUUUUCUAAGAUAUUAUUAGACACCUUGUCCUAGAUAUAUAUGAUGACUAACAAAAAGUAUAACAAUAUUUUUUUUUCUAGGUUAGAUUUUUGGAACAGCAGAAUAAAAUGCUGGAGACAAAAUGGUCUUUAUUACAAGAACAGAAAAGUGCCCACAUUCAGAUAGAACCACUGUUUGAGGCUUUUGUUGGUAACCUCAGGAGACAGUUGGAGAGUCUGGGAUGUGAAAGAGAACGUCUGGACUCAGAAAGGAACAAUAUGGAGCAAUCUGUGGAAGAACUAAGGAGAAGGUAUGCUGCUAUUUAGAUAGUUUAUAAUAUAAUAGAAUAAAUAAAUAUACUAAAUAAAUCCACUCGUACUGCAACAUCAUGGAGUUAUUCAGAUAUAUCAUAUAUAUCUGGGAAGAAAAUAAUAAAUGUCUUCAAUGUUUGUACAAAUUCCAAUUUCCAACACAUCAUUUGUCUAUAUUUUUGCAUGUGCUCUCUUAAAAUGUCUUACAGAGUCCAGUCCACUUUAAUAUUAUUAAGAAGAAAAUGUAAACUUCAAAGUUUCUUAAGAAAAAGCACCCUGUAUAUCUAGAAUUCUGUAUGCUUGUUAUUAAUGUUUAAUGUUCUAGAUAUGAAGAAGAAAUGAACAGACGCACAGCUGCAGAGAAUGAGUUUGUUGCAAUAAAGAGGGUGAGUGAUAUCAUACAUAAAUUGAAUCUAUAUGUAAAAGAAUAACAAAUAUAAACAUAUAUCUAUAAUUUUACUGUUACUAUGCAUUAAUCUAUUCUUCAGGAUGUAGACGCAGCUUUUAUGAAUAGAGCGGAAUUACAAGGAAAGGCUGAUUCCCUGACUGAAGAGAUCAGUUUCUUGAGGACUCUGUAUGAUGCGGUAAAUAUACUUUCACUUUUCUCUGUUGCUAAUUUGGAAAGAUUUAAUAUCCAUGACAUUUUACAAGGAAUGCAAAACAAAUAUGAAAUAUAUUUACGACCCCAAAUAUAUCUAAGUAUGUCAGAUUAGAAUGCCUUUAUGUUAAUACGUGAGAAAAUUGAUUUUUUUUACAACCAUGCCUCGUCUGUUCUUUGUAUCCUUAUAGGAAAUAGCCCAGCUCCAGGCUCAGAUCUCAGACACCUCAGUGGUUGUGUCUAUGGAUAACAGUCGGGACCUGGACCUGGAUGGAAUCAUUGCUGAGGUCAGAUCUCAAUAUGAGGACAUUGCUAACAGGAGCAGAGCUGAGGCGGAGGCCACAUACCAGUCACGGGUGAGUCUAUCCAAUUCAAAUCAUGCAGAUCAUUACCUAAAAAAAAAAAAAUGUUUCUAUACUAAUUUUUCUUUUGCCUGUGGCAGUUUGAGGAGCUUCAGACAGCGGCAGGAAGGAAUGGGAACAAUCUGCAGAGCAGCAGAGAUGAGAUCUGUGAAUUAAAUCGUGCAAUUCAGGGAUUGAGGGGAGAAAUCGACAAUGUGAAAGCACAGGUAAAACAUAUUGUACAUCAAGUAAGUCAACCAGGUAGUUGAAGAGAUAAAAUCAAAUAAAUUUAGAUUCAGCAAAAUAAGCACUUCAAUUGAUAUUGUUAACAUUUCCCAACUGUAUUCACUUUGAAACAGUUACAAUCAAAAACAGAAGUGUAACUACGAGUAAUAUAUUAAUGUAUAAAAACAUUUCAGCGCUCUGCACUUGAAUCUGCAAUAAAUGAAGCUGAGGAACGUGGAGAAUCUGCUGUCAGAGAUGCCAAGAACAAGCUUUCUGAGCUGGAAGGUGCUCUACAAAAAGCCAAGCAGGACAUGGCUCGCCAACUGCGAGAAUACCAGGAGCUCAUGAAUGUGAAACUAGCUCUGGAUAUUGAGAUCGCCACCUACAGGAAGAUGCUGGAAGGAGAGGAGGGCAGGUGAGUCCAAUAUCCUACUGAGAAUUAACUAGGUAUUAUGUUCCUAUAUGUUCUCAUCGAGUCUUUUAGCAGGUCAAAUUUUAAUAGCAAUCUCAUAAUGUCGAUCUCAACAUCUCAGUUCUUUAAUCUGCUCUUUAUUGUUUUAUUCUAUAAUAGUAAUCUACUGCAUCAAAUGUUAAUUUCUAAAACAAUGCACCUGUAUCAGACAUUUUAGCGGUACUUUCACUUCCUUUGAUUUGUAAUACAUGUUUACUUAGCAAUUAACAAAAAUGUCUUUGUGAGAAAGUUGUGGACAUAGCAACAAGCAUUAAAGGACAACUAGAAAAUUAGAAAGACAAAUAUUUUCUUUGAAUGUUCAAGGUACUCCUGGCUAUUUAGAUUCAUGCCCCCAUUUCUAACUAAAAUAAAAUAGUUUCACUUACCUUUAAUCCCAUUCCAUGACAGUCUUUAUAAGGUCGCGACUCCAUCCCUGUCUGAGAUCAUCAUUACUGAAUAUCUCUCAGGGAUAGCAUUCAGGGUCUACUGAGCACAUAGAUAUAGAUAUCUCCACACUGUGCCAAUCAGCAUCUCUUCAUAGAAAUGCAUUUUUCCAAUACAUCUUUAUGGAGAGCAUACAGCAUCUUCACGCACAGCAUGGGGAUUCUGAACAUCGGCCUUGCCAGGCUUGCAGCUUCUAAAGGAGCAAUGUAAACACUGCCUUUUCACAGACAAGGCAGUGUUUACAUCGUGGAAACUGCAGUGAAGUCUCAUUUCAUCUAAACACUAUAUUGAGUUGCAGUUAUUCUGGUGCUAAGAGUGCCCAUUUAAAAGAUAGAAUUAAAUUGUAUCUGGAUAUUAAAGGGACACUAUAGUCACUCAGACCACUUCAGCUCAAUGAAGUGCUCUGGGUGCAAUGUCCCUCAGGUUUUAACCCUUCACAUGUAAACUUAGCAGUUUCAGAGGAACUGCUAUGUUUACAUAGCAGUGUUAAUCCAACCUCUAGUGGCUGUUUUCCUGACAGCUUCUAGAGGCACUUCUGCGACGCUAGAUGCGAAAUUCGCAUCCAGCGUGCAGCGCGUCCAUAGGAAAGCAUUGAGAAAUGCUUUCCUAUAGACAGUUUGAAUGCGUGUGCGGCACUUGGGAGCUGAUGUCGUUGGGGGAGGAGAGGUCAGCAGUGCAGAGGGAGCCCGGCGCUGGAUAAAGGUAAGUGGCUGAAGGGGUUUUAACCCCUUUAGCACCAUGGGAGGGGGACCCUGAGGAUGAGAGUCCCCCAAUGAUUAUAUAGUGUCAGGAAAACGGGUUUGUUUUCCUGACACUAUAGUGAUCCUUUAAUUAUUGGUGCUACACCUCAUGUUGUCUUUAUUUAAAAUAACAUUUUUUUUUUAACAAAAGGAAUAUACUUUUUUUUGCAAAUUUGUAUUGGGUCAUGUGACCGGACUGUCUACAUGAUACCCUUUUAUAAGAUAUGGAUAUAUUUAUUUUGGUAUACAGGACUGAGGCCUCACAGGGAGCCAAAACAUUAUUUUUUCUUGGGGAUGACAGACUCCCAAUAAACUUUUGGCACAUACCAGCUGUUUUAACCUUUAUUCCAUACUGGUUGAAAAGUAGAACACGUAUUACAGAUGUAGUAACUCACUAAGGUUCUAAAAUAAAAAAAAACUAUACAUUUGAAACAGAAUUCCAAAUGUUAAAGAACUAUAAAUUUGAAAUCAAAUGCCAUUACAUUAUUGCCACUUAUUAUUUUGACCAAAUGUGAGAAAGUCAUUUAGUGCUAAACUAAUACUUUUUUGUUUGUUUUGUUUUAGGUUGACUGCACAUGACUCUGUUAAUAUAUGUAAGUGAGGCAAUAUUUAAACAAUUUAAUUAAAUGUUAGCAAAGACAUAUGCAUACAUAGAUUAAGCUUGUAACUCACUUGUUAACGUCACACCUUAAAGUCUGAAUAAGGUACACUGUCACUUUCCUCUUUCCAGUGUUAAAUUGAUCUAUACAUUGUUUUACACUGUAGGCAAUGUUAGUAACAAUUGCUGAUUAUCAUGUAACACACAAACACGUGUACAAUAUACAAAUGUGCUUAGUAAUAUGCUUACUCUAUACGUGUAACAGAUCUUAAUGUAAAAUUUUAAGUAAAAUUCAGACUAUAAUAAAACACAAUUUAAUAGUUAUUUUAAGAACUCUGAUUCUUCAAACUUUCUUUAAAUUAAAUGUUUUUUUUUUUAUAUUUGCUAAUUACCCCUUGUUAUCUAUUCUUCUCUAUAUAUUUCAUAUUUAUUAUAGACCUAAAAUGGCUGCUUCUUUGGUUGAAGAUUUCAGUCCAGUCAAGUACAAAUAGUUAACUUUCUACAUCCAUAUUUUUCAGCAAAUGUUUAACAUUCUACAUUCAUGUCUUUCAGCUGUGCUACAUUCUAGCACUGGAGGAAAAUCCAGCUCAGGAGGAAAGUCCCAUGGUACAAGUGAUCAUAAGGGAGGAUUCAGUGCAAGCAGUGGGAGAAGCUUUAGCCACCUUGGCAAAAGCAAACAUAGCUCUGGCCACGGACACCACUGCUAA